CCCGGAUCCUCUAAGAGGCGCUGUUGCGUCUUGUAACCGUGUGGUAGCCCAGAAGAAAACCACUUUCCGGCAGUGUUGUCAUCUGCCGUAAAACGGAGGAAGGUUAAAGCGACUCGGAGAAAACUUCAAAAUCUGGUUCCUCUGUUGUCAGCAGCACCAUGCCGUUUGUGGACCUCCAGUCACGGCUCGGCAUCAACGUGGACCGCUGGCUGCUGCUGCAGAGCGGAGAGCAACCCAACAAGCAAGCAGCACGUUGUCACGCCUUCGAGAAAGAGUGGGUCGAAUGCGCUCAUGGCAUCGGUCAGACCCGAGCCAAGAAGGAGUGCCUGGUGGAGCUUGAGGAUUUUUACGAGUGCCUGCACAGGCAGAAGACGGAGAACCAGGAAGAAACACAGAAAAGUCCUGCUGCAAGCUCCCUGCAUCCUAAAGCAGCAGAAAGGAAACCAAAUGAGCAUCAGAGGCUGUACGCCAUCCGUCAGCAGCGGGAAAAGUUGAUAAAGGAGGGGAAGUACACGCCGCCGACCCACCACGCCGGAGAGACUGACCAGUCUCCAUGAAGGAACUGAUCUCACUUCAGUUUCUGUUUAUAGUCAUUCAGAUAUCACUAUUUCCUGAUCUGCUUGCAAAUAAAUGUUAACAUCUCC